CGCUGCGAAGCAGACGGAGGAACACUUUGCCCUGCACCAUCAUUAAACGAUUUUUUUUGGGGGGGUCCACGAAUCCUAAUCAGUUAGCCGUAUUUUCAUGCAUAGCUUUUUUUCAUGUGCGUAUUAUAUCUAUAGUCUCAAUCAGUCUCAAGGAAUUACCCGUUUGAAAUAAAUAUGAACCAGGCUGCGUUUCAGUGUGUCCUGUAUGUGCAGCCAUCAACGCAUCCAUCGGCGUCACAUCGCGGCUACUCCAAACGCUUUGUGUCACGCAGCAGGUUGACCAAACAGAGGCGAUACUGAUCCCUAAACACUGACAUGUUGCGUCCAGCUUAAUGUUUGCGCCAGCAUCCAGUGACCGGGCAGGAUGUUAAGUCGAGUGUUGAGCGGCAGUGUUCGGAGUCUGGAUAGAGAAAUCAACUGCACCGUCCGGCUGCUGGACGACACGGAAUACACCUGCACGGUACAGAGGGACGCAAAGGGUCGAUGGCUUUUUGAGCAGAUUUGCCAUCAUUUGAGCCUGUUAGAGAAAGACUACUUUGGCAUCAGAUAUGUCGACCCAGAGAAACAGAGGCAUUGGCUAGAGUUAAACAAGCCGAUUACCAAACAAAUGAGAUCACAACCACCAUUCAUUAUGUGUUUACGGGUGAAGUUCUAUCCCCCUGAUCCUGCUGCUCUCAAAGAGGAGAUUACCAGAUAUUUGGUCUUUUUGCAGAUUAAGAGAGAUUUGUACCAUGGCCGACUGCUAUGCAAGAGUUCUGAUGCUGCCCUACUGGCUGCUCAUAUACUACAAGCUGAAACUGGAGACUAUACUCCAGAGAAGCACCCAGAAGGCUACAGCUCCAAAUUCCAGUUUUUCCCCAAGCACUCUGAACGCCUUGAACGUCGCAUUGCUGAAGUUCACAAAACCGAGCUAAUAGGACAGACCCCUGAGACCUCUGAGUUGAAUUUUUUAAGGAAGGCCCAGACUUUGGAGAUGUAUGGGGUUGAUCCACACCCUUGUAAGGAUGUAUCAGGAAAUGCUGCGUUUUUGGGUUUCACUCCAUCUGGCUUUGUGGUGCUACAGGGGAAUCGGCGAGUUCACUUCCUCAAAUGGAAUGAGGUCACCAAAAUGAAGUUUGAAGGAAAGACCUUCCACAUUUAUGCAAACCAACAGGAAGAUCACAAUAUCAUCCUGACCUACUUUGCACCAACGCCUGAAGCCUGUAAGCACCUGUGGAAGUGUGGAGUGGAGAAUCAAGCUUUCUACCAGUUUGAGAAAUCCAGUCAAGUACGGACAGUGUCAAGCAGUAAUCUCUUCUUUAAAGGGAGUCGUUUCAGAUACAGCGGAAAGGUGGCUAAAGAAGUGAUGGAGCAAAGUGCCAAAAUCAGACGAGAGCCACCAGAAAUCCAUCGGGCUGGGAUGGUGCCUAGUAGGAGUUGUCCUUCUAUUGCUCAUGGCCCUCGACAGAGUAGCGUUCCUCGAACAUGCAGAAGAGCAGUCCAUAUGUCUAUAAUGGAGGGUCUGGAGUCUUUACGUGACAGUGGCCACUCCACCCCACUGCGGUCCAUUGGUCAUGGUGAUUUACUGAGGUCUCAUAGCAGUUGUGGUGAGGGUAAAAAUGGGGCAUCAGAGUUUUCAGAGGAAUUGUAUAAGCCCACUGACAGUGUCUUACCCACACCUGUCUCCAGCAACUGUUCCCUGGAUCAAGCCUUGUGUCAGCACAUCAACAGCCCUCCCAGUGUCCAAGAGGAAAAAAAAACUGAGGCAGGCAUUCCAAAAAGUGGGAGGUUGGUGGUUGCUAAGUUUACAGGAAGAGUGUAUCACCUGGGAAAGAUCCAGACACCUACUGGAAGCAUGGAGGUAAAGCAAGUAAGUAAGGUGAUUGGAAGCUUGGCACGGCUCUUCUUGGUCACCCUCACUUUGCUCCUGGCUCUCCUCCUGCUUCUCAUUGCUCUGACAGAGUCUGAACUCGAUGUGGCCUUUCUGAGGGACAUUCGACAAACAGCUGAGUUUCAACAAUUCCACAAUGAAUAUUUUUGCCCGCUGAGACGCUGGCUAGCCUACAAGCUGCGCUGGAUGGGAGGCUAGCUCAUGAAGAAAUGAGAGACUGGGAAUGUGUGACAGGCUUCUCCAUUUUCUAUCAGUAUUCUAUUAUGGCAUCAUGUACUUACUGUAGAACUUUAAAAAAAAUCAAACCCAGGCCAAAGCCACAGACAUCCCCAGUGCCAUGCCACGAAGACUGUGUACAUGUUUUGUUUCUCGUUAUUGUAAAAUUUUACCCAUUAGUGUUACCUUGGUCUAAGUAGAAAAUGUUAGCAAUUAGACCACAGUGCUGUUGACUUCUUAAUUCUGAUUGUUCAGAAAGUGUAGAUUAAUUUUCUAUUAAAGCAGCUCUGACAAUAAUGCUGGCUAUAAUUUAAAAUGCUAGGUUUAUAUUAAUGCACUCAGUCUACUAUGUUGUAAUUUCUAUAGAAACAACUUAUUCACAGGGACUUGUAUGGCGAACGAUCUACAUACUCUAAGGCUAUUAAUAAUGAAAUAAAAAUCACACCGUAUCUUAACAAAAAAAGUUAGACGGUGAAGCUUUCUUUUUAGAAGAUGUUCAUUUGACUUUAUAAAAGGAGGCUUGCAAGUCUGUUGAGGGAAUGAUUUUUAUAGCUGCUAUGCGGAAAAUUACUUGUCUUGCAGAUGUUUCAUAACAUUUAAUGUAACUGGAAACAGACAAAACACAUUUGUUAUUCAUUAAUGAAUUCAAAAUUGUUGGCAAAUCACUGUGGUAUACUGUAAGAGGAAUAACACACUUCUAGACAUGAUGCUAUAAAAAAUAAUCAAUAGUAAGUCCAAUUCAUGCUGUGCUGCAUGAUACCAUCCAAUUGUCGAUUAUUUUCCUAUAAUAUCAUGUUUAAAAGUGUUUUAUUCCUUACCGAACCAAUUUUGUAAUCACCUACAUUAAAUACUUGUGGUUUUCACAAUAGUUAGAUAUCAAAUGGACUGACAAAACAUCUUUUCAUACUUUUUUCAAUUUCACUGUCUUAUCCUGUUCCAUAUACCCAUAAUUUUGUGUUCGUUUUUUUUCUCUCAUCACCAUUAUACAUUUACUGUGUGACAAGUGACCGAAUACUGCAGACUCCGAUUUUUUUUUUUAUUAUUAUUUAUUUAUGCUGGAUAACACAUGGAUAAUAAGAUGUGCAGGGAUAUUCUGACAUGAGGUAAACUGGUAAAUGGAUUUGCGAACCCAAAA